AGUGGCUCGUAGUGGGGAGCGACCGGUCCACUGCAACUGUUAACUACUUGAAAUCGGAAGGAAAACAAAAUCGCUCUUCAGUCUUGUUUUGCGCGUCUCGCAGGCAGUAGUUACGGUAAUCCUCAACCUUCAAUGACAUGCCGCCACUCUUCCUCCUCCUUCUCGUGGCCGUCGCCGAAGCCGCCAGAAACGUGACCGUUUCCAAGUGCUGCCCCUUCUCACACACCCUCACCAACGAAAAUAAGUGUGUCCCUGUGACCGCUCCCGAGUGGAACCUGCGGGUGUACAGCCCCACCUCCCGCAAGUACCUUCCCUUGAACCAGGUCCCUCCGAACUGGCACCUCCAGGAGGCCGUCAAACCGCCGUGCUCGAUUCCGGGGCUACUCACCACGUCCACGUUGGGGAGUUACGUGCCCUUCCAGAACGGCUCCCUCUUCGUGGUGCACAACAGCAAGCUCGUGCAUCCUCCGGACUACUGCAUCGAUUAUAACGCCGUGCUGUAUUGUCUCCAGGAAGAGCAGGAGGCGGAGAACAUCACGUUCGUCCAGGUGAAGAAGUGUUGUGGAGAGAACGCGAUUUUUUCCGACACGAAUAAGACCUGCAUCCAUAUGAAAAAUGGGGGUUAUAAAGUGGAUGUGGGGAGCGAAAAAAGGUUGGUUGAGGGAUUCCCGAACUGCCACCAGCAGGAGCUGGUGUUUGUGGGGAAGCUGAAGGAGGCGGACAUGCUGCGUAAUGGCAGUUUGGUCCUGCAGGAGUCGAAGGUGGUGGUGCCGCCUGGGAAUUAUUGUUUGGAGCACGUGCUGGAGGAUGCGGGUGGAUCCCCUAAGAUCAUGAUCUGUCAGGAGCACGUGACAGGUGUGAUUGUCGAAAAAGCACAAGCGCAAGAUGUUAGGUUCAUCAUUUAUCCGAUUGGGUUGGCUCUGGGAGCCGUCUUCUUGGCGGCUACUCUUGCGGCUGGUGCUAUAUUACCAGCCAGCCACCACGUGCUGCACUGGAGGUGCCAAACCAACCACGUCGCGUGUCUUCUUGGAGGUGAUGUUCUUCUGUGCAUCACACAUCUGUCGGGAAGGAUGGACCCCACAGUUUGUGUGCUAAUUGCCGUAUCGAUGCAUUUCCUCUUUUUGGCGGCCUUCUUCUGGCUGAACACCAUGUGCUUCAACAUCUGGUGGACUUUUCGAGAUUUGAGGCCCCAAAGCGUCGAAAAGAGCCAGGAAAGGUGCAGACUACGACUGUAUAUGAUGUAUGCUUGGGGGGUUCCCUUCAUCAUUGCCGCAACGGCGGCCAUUUUGGAUUCAGUACCGGAUAGCUCUGAUUUCCUGAGGCCGAAAUUUGGAGUCAACACCUGCUGGUUCUAUGGCAAGAUGGAGAUUUUGACGUUCUUCUACGGGCCCAUAGGUGUCCUACUUAUGGUGAAUUUGGCCCUUUUUGCCCUUACAGCGAGGGAACUGACUUGCGGAUUAUGGAAACGAGAGCUGGUCAAGUCUACGUCGGAACGGGCUGCUCUAGGUCGUGUCUGCAUGAAGCUGGUCGUAGUAAUGGGGGUUAGUUGGAUAGCAGACGUCCUUUCAUGGGCGGUUGGUGGUCCUCAGGAGCUCUGGUAUUUGACCGACUUAAUCAAUUGUCUCCAAGGUCUUUUCAUUUUUAUAGUAGUGGGCUGCCAACCUCAGGUUUUAUCAGCAGCGAAAAGGCUUUGGUGUUCUCGUAUGCAUAGAGCUAAUGGGACUGCUGGUACGACCAACCAUCACUCUUCCAGUUCACAAGGUUUACCAUCCAUGGGUGACACGGUAACUAAUCACAGUGUUACCAACAACACCAAAUCGGUUCCAUUGGAGACUAGCUGUUAAUGGGUGAUAUGUCUUAGCGACAAUGUAAAGAAAUUUAUUUUUAUACGUGGAUUAGACUAGUCAAGUUUUGAAAAUUUGGACGUAGAUAGAAUCAUUCCGUUGUGUUCUUUUUAUUUAUGACUGAUUUUUGUGUAUUUAUCUUGUGACGAACUUAGAAUUAGUUCCUUAUUUAUGUUGUUGUUAAUUUAAGCGUUGUAAAUAUGUCUUUCUCACUAUAGGUUAAGAUUGAGUUUUAUGUUUUAACGACGCCCAGUAUUACGGUAGUUUGUUUUUAAGGCUAUCCUGUUUUUUGUGUACAAGUGUUUUAAGUUUUUGUAUAAAGAUGUAAAAGUAAAAAGCCGUGUUUUAUUGACAAUCUCAAGCUCA